CUCCUCUUCAACCAUAGUGGUGGGGUUGCUGGCCAUCUCAUCUUCCUCUUUAGUCUUCCAUCAAUCCAAUUCAUUCUCAUUCCCAUCUACAUACUAUCUCAACACUAGCACUCAAGAUUCCGUAUUAUCCCUGCUUCCUCGUUAUCUUAUCGUCUUCGACCCAGCUUACCUGGUCGAAUUGCAUCAUUGUCAUUCCACUAACCCGCCGUGCUCAAUACAGUCAGCUCCAGACCUCCACUACACUGUGUGUCACCUUUACUAUGCAUUCAAAAUAAUAGCCGCGAGGCAGACUUCCCAGUGUUCUCAUCAUAUUUGGUUUGAGCUGAAACGCCGUUGGUAAACAUGCAAGAGGACGCAACCGUUGAAUACAAUCCCCUGCGCCCACAGUACCCUGGCGAUGACACUAGACCAACAAGCAAGAAGGAGCUUGCAGGUUGGUAUAGCUAUGGCUGGGCCGCAGAGGUUUUCACCGUUUGUGCUAUGGGAUCAUUCCUCCCCAUUACACUAGAACAAAUGGCUCGAGAGCGUGGCGUCCUUCUAUCGGACAAGACAACCCCAUGCAGCCCAUCGUGGAAUUCACCAGGCGCUUCCCCUGCAACUUGGAUGUUUGCAAAGCAAAAUACACUCGGUUCGAGCCAGUGCAUUGUUUUCAUCCUGGGGGCUGAAAUCAACACUGCAAGCUUCGCAAUGUACACUUUCUCCGUGAGUGUUCUCGUCCAGGCAGUUUUGAUCAUUUCCAUGUCGGGUGCUGCAGACCACGGAAGUUAUCGUAAGACUUUGUUGGUAAUAUUUGCCUUUAUCGGCUCUAUUUCCACGAUGCUAUUUCUGCCAGUUACUCCGGCAGUCUAUUUGCUGGGGGCACUAUUAGCUAUCGUGGCGAACACCUGCCUUGGGGCAUCUUUCGUCCUCUUGAAUUCCUUUUUACCUUUAUUGGUUCGGCAUCAUCCUUCUUUGCUCAAAGAUGCUAGCAGACAUGCCGCCUCCGCAAACAGUAACCCUUCUCUAGCGACAAAUGAUGCUUCAAAUCACGGCACUAGCCCGACUACGCCACUCCUUCGGGCAGACUCGACUGAUGGUUCCGCUCAGGUAGAAAAUCUCACGCCAGCCACCUUGACAAGCACGUCCAACGAGCUGGCGCUGUCCACCAAAAUAUCGUCUUAUGGGAUUGGCAUUGGCUAUAUCAGCGCCGUGCUGCUGCAGUGCAUAUGCAUUCUUGUCGUUGUUAAGACCAACCAAACAACCUUUUCAUUGCGCCUCGUCCUAUUCCUUAUAGGGCUUUGGUGGCUCGCAUUUACGAUACCUGCGGCAUUUUGGCUGCGACCUCGUCCCGGGCCCCCGCUUCUCCAUGCUCAAGGAGGAAAGGAAUAUCGAUCAUGGUUUGGCUAUAUGGCUUAUGCUUGGAAGUCCCUUGGUCGAACUGCAAUGCGGACCCGCCACCUGAAAGAUAUCCUAUUGUUUCUUGCGGCCUGGUUUCUUUUGAGCGACGGGAUCGCCACUGUCAGCGGAACUGCUGUUCUAUUUGCUAAAACACAGUUGAACAUGGAGCCUGCCGCGCUAGGGUUGAUCAAUGUAAUUUCGAUGCUGGCCGGAGUAUUUGGGGCGUUUACCUGGAGCUAUGUAUCGCGGGUGUUUAAUCUUCGCGCAUCGCAGACGAUUAUUGCAUGCAUAGUUUUGUUUGAGCUUGUACCCCUGUAUGGGCUACUAGGGUUCAUCCCCGCGAUUAAAGAUCUCGGCUACUUGGGUCUACAACAACCGUGGGAAAUGUUUCCUCUUGGCGUUGUGUAUGGUAUUGUCAUGGGCGGGCUAUCGUCCUACUGUCGCAGCUUUUUUGGAGAGCUGAUUCCCCCAGGAUACGAAGCCUCUUUCUAUUCUCUCUACGCGAUCACAGACAAGGGGUCAAGUAUAUUUGGACCGGCCAUUGUUGGGUUCAUAACGGAUCGCUAUGGUGAGAUACGACCUGCAUUCCUUUUCCUUGCCAUCCUGAUCCUUCUACCUCUGCCGCUUAUGCUACUUGUGGAUGUGGAGAGAGGAAAGCGGGAUGCGCUUGCACUGUCAGCGGAGCUGGAGGAGCGCGAAGGUCCGGAGACACCCAGUUAUGGGACAUUUUGUGAAUAAGGUGCUAGAUUCGACUGAGUACGUAGGAGUUGUAAGGUUGGUUUAGAGAGGGUCAAUGGAUAUGUAUACACUUAUUCCGCACCCCGCGGGGUUAAUAUGAGAUAAGAUCUAGGUUAUGGAUGUGUAUUGUGUAAGAAAGAUCCUUUGUUAAAAUAUAGGUAUAGAUGUUAUAUAUCUUGACUGCAUUAUUCCACACCGUGAUUGGUAUAAAUAAAUCCACACAUAUUAAG